AUGUUCUUUAGCAUUCAUGAAAGGCACAAGCUAUCAAUGGAAGAAAGGAAAAUAAUGCUGAAUAAAAAUGAAAACGUUAUGAGAAUGAAAAGUAAAUUCAAGUCAAUUUCAUCGUCAACAACGACUUUAGAAGAAUCUUUUACUCAUCAUGAAACAUUAGCAAAGGUCACCGAUCAACGAUUGUGGUAG